AUGCAGCGGUUGCGAUUCGAUUUUUUGAAUUCAAUUUUUAGAAUUUGCGCAAAAUCAAUUUCAAAUCUAGAAUUAUAUCUUCUACAUUGUCGAGCUUUUAAUAUUCAGAAUUUGGAGAAUCUCAAAGAAAUUCGGAUUCAUUCAAAUCAUGAGGAUCUUUUACAAUGUGGAUUUUUGAAUGUUACACAGGUAAGGUCUUCGAGAUUUUUUUUGAAAUUCUAAAUUUCAGUGUUUUUCUAGAUUCUCUCCGCUUGGUUUGUCCGAAUCUACCGUACCAAAUUAACCUUCUCAGAGAUCUGUCAAAUUCCAAGUUUAGAAAUUGAUCAGAUGAAUCUGACAGAGGAGGAUGUUCUAGAAUACAUUGUAUUUUUGCUGAAUUCACCGCGUCAAAUGUGUCGAAGUCUACGGAUAAAUAUUGAUACAAUUCAUGUGGAUAUAAUUAAAUGGAGAAUUUCGAAAAAUGUUGAAUUCGACUUCUUCAAAAUCAGGAUUUCGAUUUGA